CUGAGCUAGCAGUGCGAGAGCUGAGUCUUCAACAUGUACUUCAUUUGCUUAAAUGGCCUAAGAUUCCCUAGGAAGAAGGCUGAAAUUUAUACCAAAACCAAGAAGAAAAACGACUGUGCCAACUUGGCUAUUGGGAAGAAGAGGAAGAGGAGAAAGGAUAGGAGGAAGAAGAAGGAGGUCUACUUUAGUUACAUGGGGAAAAUCCUAAAACAAACCCAUCCCGACUUCAGUGGGCGCUCCUGGGUCUUGGACGUGCUGGGCUCCCUGGAUGGCUGUCAACUGGAGUGGGUUAGUCUGGAGGCGUUCCGGCUGUCCUUAUACAACCACAGAAGAGCUGUCACCGGCAGAGAGAUCCUUGAAGCCAUCAAGCAGAGAGCCUCGCAGAAGAGCUUUUGAAUAAAUGAAGUUGUUCUGAAUGGUGCUGUUGUUGAAAUGACUGUACUUUCUCCCAAAAAACUGGAUAUGCCAGGAGGCUGGUUUGGAAGACUAGGCAUCUGAUGCAGCAAGUGCUCCUCAGGAGUUUUGGUGCUGCGCAUUGUCCUCUGGGUCCU